AUGAAGAAACGUGCUUCUCGUUCGGUGGUGGCAAAAUCAGCCAAGCUGAAAACGCUUUUGCGGCAAAGAGCGAACAUUUUGGGCUCUGCCGCGUUGAUCAAAAAGUUUAACGACCAAUACCAACAAGGUCAAUUCCACCAAGUCAAGGUGAGGAUCGACACUCUCGAUCGUUUGUGGGCUGAUUUCGCACACAUACAGGACGAGAUCGAAGAAAUCGAAGAUGUCGUCACCGGUGAUGAAAUCGAUGACGAAGAAGAGCCAACCAUUUCUGCGCAGCGGGUACAAUUUCAAUCCAUGUACCACGAGCUGAAAGCAUCUCUCGUUAGUAAACUGCCGCUGGAUCCACCACCCUCCGGCUCAGUAGUCAAUCGUCCUCCGGUCCAACCAAUGCAGUCUGUGCGGUUGCCGGAAAUCCACAUUCCAGAUUUUUGUGGCAAUCCAUCCAAAUGGAUAGCCUUUCGGGACAUUUUUCGGUCCAUGAUCCAUUCAAGCGUUCACCUCUCGUCGGUGCAGAAAAUGCACUAUGAGUGGGAGAACAGUUGCCAGGAAAAUGUGCGUCCCACGUACGAGCAACUAACCGAAUUUGUGCGAAAAACAUCGCGAGUGUUACAGUCUGUUAAACUGCUUCAAACGCCCAAUCACCCUGUCGAACCCAAACCCUCGAAACCCAAAUCGAUUUCCAUCCACGUUGCUACGGAGGUUACGAACAAGUGUCCGCCUUGCAAAGACGCCCAUCCUCUUUUCAAAUGCGAUCAGUUUGUCGGAAUGGAGGUGAAACAACGCUUUGAGAUGGUGAAGAAAAAUGGAUUGUGCAUCAACUGCCUGAAGGGGCCACAUCUCGCCAAAAACUGCAGCAGUGGAAGCUGCAGAAAUUGCUCCAAGAAACACCACACCCUUUUGCAUCUGCCGCCACUAGCCGUGGCUGCGAAACCGUCGUCGUCUCAAACAACGCUGGCGUGCUCUACGGCAGCCAGUGAAGUGAUUCCUCCAGCUCAACCUCAAGUGUCGUCGAACUCGUCCGUAGUCGCCUCGCACUCGUUUUCCUCACCACCAUCGCGUUCGCAACAGCCACCCGUCGGGUCUAUGUCGUCUGGCCCGGUAAACUCGUUCUCCGUUCCCGUACGUGCCCCCUGCGGUGAAGUUUUCCUAUCAACGGUAGCUGUCAAGGUGAAGGACUCCAACGGCAACCCUCGCUACGUUCGUGGGGUUCUGGAUAGCUGCUCCCAAGCAAAUUUCAUCUCGGAGGCUCUGGCGCGCAAGCUGGAGUUGAAACGCGAUAGAAUCAGCAUCGAUGUUAGUGGUAUUGGCCAGGGAAUCGUCCACAUUCGUUCUAAAGUAUUGAUCAGGAUCUCGUCUCGCUUCGGAGGAUUAGACUACCCUCUCGAAUGUCUCGUUAUACCACAAAUCACGGUCACGCUUCCAAGUAAGCACAUCGACAUUUCUGACUGGAAUCUCCCCAACAACGUCCCUCUCGCAGACCCGAGGUUCAACAUCAGCUCCGGGGUCGAUAUUCUCGUUGGUAGAGAACUGUUCUACUCCCUGAUGCUCUCGCAUACGAUCAAUCUACGCGCUGGUUUCCCGAUACUUCAGAAAACUGUUUUCGGGUACGUUGUCGCUGGUCGGCUAUCAACAGCAUCUCGUACUUCUCCGAUUCGUGUAGUCAGUGCCACCACUAGUCUCGAUAAUAAGCUGCAGCGCUUUUGGGAGGUCGAAAACUUCGACGGUUAUAAGGCGAUGACUCCGUUGGAGGAAGCGUGUGAGGGGCAUUUCCGAAGCACAGUCAGUCGAACAAGUGAUGGUCGCUACAUGGUUCGCCUUCCGGUACGGGAUGAAAUGAUUCAACUGCUGGGAGAUUCUUUCGCGGUAGCACAACGCCGAUUCUGGGCAAUAGAGAGGAAAUUUGCGGCAAACCACGAGUUUAAGAGCGAAUACGUGAAGUUCAUGGAGGAGUAUGCGGCACUAGGCCAUAUGGAGUUGAGUCCUCGCGUCGAAAUUCCCCAGUUUGUACUGCCACACCAUGCCAUCUUCCGCCUCGAUAGCUCCACCACGAAGACCCGCGUUGUCUUCGACGCCACCUGUAAGGGCAGUUCCCAGUUGUCGUUGAAUGAUGUGCUACUCGUUGGUCCGAUCGUGCAACCUCCUCUUCUCGCUAUCGUCCUCAACUGGCGGAUCCCUCGUUUUGUUUUCAAGGCUGAUAUAGAGAAGAUGUUCCGCCAGUUUUGGGUUCAUCCUCUGGACCGCAGGUUUCUGCAAGUGCUGUGGCGGACAAGUACAACCCAACCUCUUCAGCGAUACCAGCUCACCACGGUGACCUACGGGACGUCAUGCGCACCUCACCUGGCCACACGUGUGCUUAACCAAUUGGCAGAGGACGAAGGGCACCGAUAUCCGCUAGGUGCAAAGGUCAUCCGGAAAGGAUUCUACAUGGACGAUGCUCUUUCAGGGGAAGACGACCUGGAAAUUGCUGUUGAGACAGUGAUACAGCUGACGGAACUACUGAAGCUUGGAGGCUUCAACUUGAGGGAAUGGAGCUCCAACGAUCCUCGAAUUCUGGCUCACUUGCCGGAUGAACUCAAGGAAUUUGCGCCGGAAACUGAAAUCGACGAUUCCGGAAACACAAAAACGCUAGGUUUGUUGUGGUCGCACGUCACCGAUGAAUUUGGAUUCAAAAUCCCAUCGCUUCCGCCCUCGAUCAAGGUCUCCAAACGAGUGGUGGCCUCCGAGAUGGCACAGUUAUUCGACCCGCUAGGUCUAGUCGGAUCAGUGGUGAUGAGUGCCAAAAUGUUUAUUCAGAAGCUGUGGGCGAUAGGAAUUCCUUGGGAUGAUGACCUUCCCGAGAACCUACGAGAUUGGUGGCUGCGUUUCCGUGAAGAAAUCCCGCAAUUAGCAGACCUGAAAAUUCCACGUCGAGUUCUCGCGAACGACUUCAACAGCUACGCAUUGCAUUGCUUCUGCGAUGCUUCCGACCACGGCUACGGCGCCUGUGUCUACGUGGUUUCGUCGAAUGGGGCUGGAGAUCACUACAGCCAACUUCUCAUAGCCAAAUCGAGAGUCGCACCACUGCGUGGACUUACAGCACCGAAACUUGAACUCUGUGCUGCUUUGUUAGGAUGUCAGCUGCUGGAUCAAGUCCGAAGCACGACUAGAUUCACCGGAGUAGUGACGUUCUGGUCGGAUUCCAGUAUAGUUCUACACUGGAUUCGAUCGCCGCCUACCGUUUGGAAGGUGUUCGUGUCGAAUAGAAUAGCAGAAAUACAGAAACUAUCGAUCCACGACAGCUGGCGCCAUGUUCCGUCGAAGGCCAAUUCGGCGGACAGGAUAUCUCGUGGAGUUUUACCGUCCGAAAUACUCGAAGAUUCGCUGUGGUGGCAUGGGCCUAACUUUCUCGUUCAGGCCGUCGAAACUUGGCCUGAAGACAUCGUGUCACUCACUCGUGAAGAACAGGAAGUUCGUGAUGUGGAAGCUCGCCAGGUGGUUACCUUCGCGGUGACCCACGUGGAUCACUCGAUCAUCCAUCGAUACUCGGAUCUUGGAAGGUUGCUUCGGGUAGUUAGUUACUGCUUCCGAUUCUGUCGAAACGCUCUAAGUCCGCAAAAUCGUCGCAAAGUUGGUCCUCUUCAGCCGCCCGAAGUGGAUUACUCGCUUAAAUCGCUCAUUCGUUCCGUCCAAGGUACAGAAUUCCCAGAAGAAAUUCGUUGUCUCUCGGCUAAUCCUCAGCCGCGACUGACCAGCAAGGACCGGAAACUCCAAUCGUCGUUCAAGUCGCUCAACCCGUUUCUGGACAACACAGGCCUCCUACGGAUAGGAGGACGCUUAGCAAAGCUGUCGGCCUCUUUGGAUACCAGAGCACCAAUUCUUCUACCGGCCAAACAUCAUCUGUCUUGGUUAAUCGCUCGCUCCCUCCAUCUAAGGACUCUUCAUGGAGGACCAACCCUGCUACUGGCUACCAUGCGGCAAAGAUUCUGGCCUCUGCGUGGACGCGAUCUCGUUCGUAAAGUCGUUCAGCAGUGUGUGACCUGCUUCCGCUGCGCCCCGAAGCCGACGGAGCAGUUCAUGGCUCCUCUACCGUCUGUGCGAAUCACGCCGGCACGAGUGUUCGCGAAUAGUGGUAUGGACUACUGUCGGCCCUUCGGUAUUCGUCCGUUAGUUGGGAGGGGAGCAAACGUGAAAAUGUACGUCGCCGUGUUCGUUUGUAUGGUGGUGAAGGCGGUACACCUCGAGGUAGUCACCGACCUUACGUCCGUCGCGUGUAUCAAUGCGGUGAAGCGGUUCAUCGCACGUCGCGGUCGCGUAGUGAAUUUGUAUUGCGACAACUCGACAGCAUUCGUCGGCGCUGAUCGAGAACUGAAGCACCUUCGUCGCCAGUACCUUCAGCAGUAUUCGACAGAGCAGUGGAAUGGAUACUGCUUGGAGAGUGGAAUAACGUUCAACUUUAUUCCUCCUCGUUCCCCCCACCAUGGUGGCCUGUGGGAAGCGGGGGUCAAAUCGUUUAAACACCACCUGCGUAGAAUUCUUGGCUGUCGAUCGUUCACUUUGGAGGAGUUCAACACUACAGUGGCCCAAAUCGAAAGUAUGCUGAACUCUCGCCCUCUGUCGCCACUGUCUAGUCACCCGCAGGAUCUGUCCAGCCUAACUCCCGGUCACUUCCUUGUGGGAGAGCCUUUGUUUUCUAUUCCAGAGCCCGACUACACCACACAUCCUGUUGGUCGGCUCAACCGUUACCAAGAGAUGAAGCGCAGUGUCCAGGAUUUCUGGAAACGCUGGGCACGAGAGUACGUCAGCGAGCUCCAUCAGCGUUCAAAGUGGCAACGUGUGCGGGACGAAGUAAAGGUGGGAUCCCUGGUCCUGCUGAAGCAAGAAGGUCUUCCACCACUCGAAUGGAACUUGGGUCGUGUCGUGGCAGUAUCACCAGGAACGGACGGCCACGUUCGGGUCGUCGAGGUUCGAACAGCGAAAGGAUAUUACACACGAGCAGUGACUGAAGUUUUUCUGCUACCAAUCGAGGAACCACUCGUUGAAAUACCCAGUGCAGAUCAGGAAGAUAGACCAACCGGUCCAUCACGCCAAGAGGAAGCAAAGUCAUUUGUCGGAGAUCUUUGA